AUGCAGCCCACAGCAGUCAGGAGCACAAGAACAAGGAAUACAGCACACACAUAUGCUACCCUGAUUGCUAGAUCAAUUGAAUCGUCAGCUCACGGGAUGUGUACACUAGCAGAGGUACUUCAGUACGCGCAGAUGCACUACCCAGGGAUCUGUGCAGAUAAUUCAGCAAAUUGGCAGAAUUCAAUUCGUCAGGUACUCAGUCGGGACACCAGAUUCAUAAAGCUAGCCAGAAGUGAGAGCAAAAGGGCCAGUGAGUGGAUCUACUUUCCUCCACCACCAGAACCAGCUGAAAAGCCCCUUUCUCACUUGCGCGAGAUAAGGCGUGCACUAGCUCAAAAGGGCAUCUACAAGGAGUUUGUAUAUAAAGAGGCCCAGGGCAGCACUGAAAAGGACGAGCACUCCUGGGGCCUGUAG